AUGGAUCUCUCACAGAGCAACCAAGUGCAAGCGAUCAUAGGAACUAUCACACACAAUGAAGCAACAUUUGCAAGUGAAUUCAGUGACACCAUAAACACCAUUCCUAUCAUGUCUCUAACUUCAUUUUCAACCAGACCAGAACUAUUAUCUCCUAGAUUGCCACAUUUCAUCCAAGUAGGUGAUGAUAUUAACCUUCACAUGAAAUGUAUAUCAGCAAUUGUAGGAGAAUUCGGAUGGAAAAAGGUGACAGUAAUUUAUGAACUUAAUAACGACUUUUCAUCUGAUCCAGGGAUGCUACUUAGCCUCUCUUAUUCGCUUAAACUAGUUGGUUCUGAUAUUGAUAACCAUUUAGGUUUUCCUUCCUUAUCCACUCUUUCAGACCCAAAAACUAGAAUUGAAAAUGAGCUUAAUAAGCUGAAAAAGAAGAGAAAUAGGGUCUACCUGAUUGUUCAUUCUUCUUUAGAGCUAGCUAACAUGCUUUGUGAGAAAGCAAAACAAAUAGGUUUGAUGGAAAAAGGUUCUGUCUGGAUUAUCCCAAAUGAAGUUGCUGGCCUUCUUGAUUCGGUUAACUCUUCUGUUAUCUUCAACAUGCAAGGUGUAGUUGGAUUUAAAACACACUUCAUUGAAAAGAGUGAGGCUUUUAGACAGUUUAAGUUCAAAUUCCAAAGAAAGAUUGCUCUGGAAUACCCUGAAGAAGAUAACAUAAAUCCAAGUAUUUUUGCACUUCAAGCAUAUGAUGCAACUAAGGCUAUUGCUAAGGCUGCAAAUAAAUCAUUACAAGGAAAAUUUGAAACACUAAGUGGAAAGACUUUCUCAAAGAAUGGACAAUUGUUGCAAUCACAAGCUUUCAACAUAAUUAAUGUGAUUGGGAAAAGUUAUAGAGAAAUGGCAUUUUGGUCUUCAGCACUUGGUUUUUCCAACAACAUUGUUAGCACAAACAAAGAUGAUUCUAAUGGAGUUUUCAAAACAGUUUAUUGGCCUGGAGAAAUGCAAUCAGUUCCGAAGGGUCACAAUAAUGAAGAAAGGUCGUUGAAAAUAGCAAUACCUUCAAAUGGCGCUUUUACUCAGUUUGUGAAUGUGGAAUAUGAUCGGGGAAACAAUGAACCUACGGUCACUGGUUUCUCAAUCAGUAUCUUUGAAGCAGCUGUUAAACGGUUACCUUAUGUUUUAAAUUACAAGUUUUGUCCCUUCAAUGGGACAUAUGAUGAAAUGGUUGAUCGUGUCUACAAUAAGACAUUGGAUGCUGCGGUUGGUGAUACGUCAAUAAUGGCAUAUAGAUAUCAUUUAGUGGAAUUCUCACAACCUUAUAUUGAAUCUGGUUUACACAUGGUGGUUACUGAACAACCAGCAAAAUCAAAACAAACAUGGAUGUUUUUGGCUGCCUUUACAAAAGAGAUGUGGUUCAUGAUGACAGCUAUGCAUGUUUUUGUGGGAUGUGUUAUUUGGUUGAUUGAAAGGGAAGUAAACGAAGAUCUAAGGGGAUUUGGGUCCAUGCUAUGGUUUUUAGUCACUGUACUAUUUUAUGCACACAGAGAACCAAUAAGAAGACCCUUAGCUCGAGUUGUACUGACACCAUGGUUAUUUGCUAUUUUCAUUGUGACAAAUAGUUUCAUAGCAAGUUUGACAUCUAUAACUAUUUCACAAGUAAAGCCAUCUGUGUUAGAUAUACAGACCCUUAAAGAAAGAAAUUCCCCAAUUGGCUGCGACGGAAAUUCCUUUAUUGUCAAGUAUUUGACUGAAGUACUAAAAUUCAAGCAUGAGAACAUAAGGAAAAUAAAUUCCAUGAGUCACUACCCUGCUGCCUUUGAUAACAAGGAAAUAGAAGCCGCCUUCUUCGUCGCGCCUCAUGCUAAAGUCUUUCUUGCAAAGUACUCGUGUAAGGGCUUUAUCAAAGCAGGGAACACUUACAGGCUUGGUGGCUUUGGUUUUGUAUUUCCAAAAGGUUCAAGUCUAGCUGCCGAAAUAUCAGAGGCAUUGCUGAGUAUGAUAGAGAGUGGAGAAACAGAACAACUAGAAAAAGAAAUGUUGAAUGAAAUAGAAAAUGGAAGCAAAACCAAUUGUUCUGAUUUAGAGAGCAAGGGAAAACAUAAUUCAUCGAUAGGCCUUCUGCCUUACCUUGGUCUGUUUUCAAUCUGUUCUACUAUUGCUAUUCUUGGUUUGUCAUAUAACAUGAUUUGUUGGUUAGUGAAGAAUGUAGAAACUUUGACAAGCCACGCAGUUUUAACAUUGACACAAGUAUGGAGAAUAUGGAGAUGGACAGCCAAUAUUUUUGCUCGGUUCUGUUCAAAACUGAAAUCAAGGAUCAUGAGAAGAGUAAGCAGCUGCACAGAAACAAGAAAUGCAGAAGAGAAUGUUGCAAAUAAUAGCCAGCAAAUUCCAGUGGUGGUUGAGCUUGUUGAUACUGUACUGGCUGCUCGUGCUUCAUGA